GAUAUGAAAAUAAGCGUUGAGGCCAGACACAUCAGCUCACCAAGAUUUGGGUUGAUCAGAUAGUCCUUAACCGACAAUACUAUUAAUCAGAAAUUUGAUAUGGACAUACUAUAGCAAGGGUUGUCGAACAUAUCAGACGUUUUUUUGUCAGUUGCUGAUCUUUAAGUGUAUUUUAUUUUUCAGAUAUGCUGUUCUGAAGAACAUGAAGCCAAAGAACAUUGGGAUUCCGCUUGGCGAUGAUCACAAAACAAUGAGAUCAGUAGUCACAGUUAGGAGAGCACAAGCUAGCAAGUGCUGGUGUGGACGUUUUAAGUAUGUGAGCGAUGAUAUGAUGCUGGAUCACAUGAUUAAAUGUCAUGUGCCAACAGAAAGGUCCAGCAUUGUUAGAUGCGUUGGUGGGGCAGGCGCUGUGUCAGUAAAAAAAGAAGAGGCCGCGAAGGAGACAUCAAUCCUAGUAAGCAGUGAUGAUGAUGAGGAGAUCGGAGAUGAUGUGAAUUCUGUGUGUCAUCCCCUCAACUAUAGGACAUCAUUGCCCCUGGGUGAUUAUGAGCACUUGCAACUACCUCAAACCAGAAAAUCUAUGCAAGUGUGUUUGGUAGCAGAGACACAAACGUGUGAUUCUGCAGAGAAUUCUUCAUUUAUGCCAGAUAUCGCACAGCUGAAUUUAAUAAAGCAUAAAUUGAGGGAGGAUUCAGCAAAGACCCAAGUCAUUUUGGAUUAUGGGAUCUUUGAUGAGACUGAAGUAAAUGUAUUUUUCGAGCUCCAUAAAGCUAAGGAAGUUAAAUCAAAGAUAACUAAGUUUAGAAUAUGGUUUGAUGAUAAGUUGUUUAAUAAAACACAGUGUGAAAAGCCAAAAGGGACUAAACCAAGAAUUAUUACUGGAAUUUAAGAAAUUGCUGUUUUCAAAAUCCAUGGGAGACAGCGUGGAGUUCCAUAAUGUUAAACUUCCUGUUGAUGAGAUUACGACUGUGUUACUUGAUCAGUGGUUUGAUUCAACUAUACUCUAUGCAUUUUCUAAAAUAGUGAACAAGCAGGUUUCUGAUGCAUAUGUUAAGCCAAUGUUGGUUUCAUUUGACCCUACUGCUUUUGUAGACAAGCUUAAAAAACGUUACGGCUGCAAUCCAUUUUUAGAGUGUAAAAGUUUGAUUUUCUUGUUGCAUGUUAGCCCAGCGGCAUAGUAAAAAAUACGAAACCAAUUGUUCAAAUUGUUCUAAAAGCACCAAAAUUGGCACACAUGUAGAUUAAUACAUUCUGAACAAUUUUGGAUAUGGAGGCAUUCAAGAUUC